CUCGGUAUCUUUAAAAACCGGAGUAUCAAUUGUCAUUGAUCGUGGAUCGCCCUACUGAAGAAUAAAUGCGCGUUGUAGCUUUGCAAUUGACAUUUACUGACAAGGCAGCGCAAUGGAAACGGUGAAAAUUAACGUUGGAGGUUCAGAGUUUGAAACUAAAAGCGAAACUCUCUCACGUUAUCCGGAUACAUUACUGGGUAGACUUUCUCAACAAACAGAGUUUUAUGACAAUAGGAGACAGUGUUAUUUUUUCGACAGAAAUCCGGACAUUUUCGGCCCGAUUCUAGGACUCUAUCGCACGGGGACACUCCACUUCCCGUCUUUCUAUUGUGGUGCCACCAUUAAACAGGAACUUGAGUUUUGGGAAAUCUCACCCAAACUUCUGGCAGAAUGUUGUCUUCAAAACUAUCUCCAGUAUGAGGCUGAUCUCCAAACAACACAAACACUGAAGCAGGCGUUUGAAGAAUACGAACUGGAUUACACUGACGAAGAGUGUCGGACCAGUAACAUCAAAAGAAUUCUUAGAAAAAUAUGGCUUACUUUAGAAGAACCAUCUUCAUCAAGAUUAGCUAAGGUUUUUAACUACGGUUUCCUGGUUGUUGUAACAUUUUCCAUGAUAACGUUUGUGUUGGGGGCACAUCCAUCAUUCAGGAAGGAAGAGCUGUCGUACAGUUCGCUUUUGUUUAUUAUCGCAUACAGAGACAUCCGUUUCUUCAAAGAAAUCAACUUGCAGAAUCCUAAAGAAGUUAUGCUUGGGACAUCACUACCCAUCGAAACAUUGAGGCAUUGUGAAAUGUCAGUCUCCACCUUCUUCACCGUCGAACUAAUUUUCCAUUUUGCGUCUUGUCCAAGAAGAGGUCGAUUUUUCCGAUCUCCUUUGAAUGUCAUUGACCUUCUUCUGGUGGUUGCCAUGUGGGUAACCUUUGCCCUUGAACAAGAUUUAGAAUUUCUGGUGACGAAUUAUGAGCUUGUGCAGUUUUACUUAGUUAUGAAGUCAUUGCUCGUUUUGCGACUGUUUCGCGUAUUUCGACUGAUGAAACUUUAUUCAGGUUUACGAAUAAUGAUAAUGUCUGUACGGGCUAGCAUCAGAGACCUCCUCCUGCUCUCAAUGUCAUUUCUUGUGGCUUCCCUAUUCUUCGCCAGUUUCAUCUAUUACGCGGAAUUCUACGUGUCGGACACAUUCUCCGAUAUAUUUAUAGGGAUAUGGUGGUCGGUGAUCACCAUGACAACAGUAGGCUACGGUGACAUGUAUCCCAAAUCGACGUUUGGUUACAUGGUUGGGGGAGUAUGUGCGUUCUCUGGAAUGCUAAUAUUGGCCAUGCCUGUGGCGAUCCUCGCCACCAACUUCAGUGAUUUCUACCAUAAAAACAAACUGCGGGAAAUGAAAGUGUCAUUUCUGGAAAAGAAAAGAAAACAUGUACAGAAAUUAAGUCUCUCGUGUGUAACCCCUAUUCAUGACAAUGAAGCGCCUCCGAUUAACGUAAAGCGUAUCUGGUGACAAUUGGUAGCUACAUGUAUUUUUGUUUUACUUCUGUUUUAAAGCUUAUUGUUAUAAUGUUGUAAAAUUUGAAUCAAUGGUGUAUACCAAUCCAUUAAAGUUAUUUUUUCUCACAAACA